AUUUGGCGCCCUCCCUCUUGUUUAUAACCUCAAAACCUUCUUGUAAUUCUACAUAACCACAAAUUUAUUUAUUUUUUAUGAUAAGAUUUACGAUAGUGCAAUAAAUAAAUACAGUUUUUGUCAACUUUUAAGUCUCUUUUAUUAUUUUGUAGUAGAAUUUAUGUAAGAACCGAGUGAAAAACCCGUUUGAGCCAAAAAAUGCGCCUUUUCGGCACGAAAUAAGGGCGGAAUAAUGGCAGAGGCUCCAUUUUCGGACGAAGACAGCGGCCCCUCAAUCAAAUUCUUCAGCUGUUCGAGUUUCACAAACGGCGAUGAGAACCAACAAAAGUCCGACUUUCAGUCAAUACUAGAAGAUAAUUUAGUGCCUUCAGAGGAUAGCCCCAAAGCCAAUGGAAGUGCGAUAUAUCCCGAACAAAUUGAGCAACAAAUCGUGGAAUCCCUGGACCAACUUUCAACAAAAUCCGACCAGAAUUCAGACGAGGACGAUAGUGAGUCUGACGAACAGUUUCGCAAGAAAGCCCGCGUCGGAAACCACUACCAGGCCCGCAUUCCGAAGUAUUUGAGCGACUUUAGCGACUAUACGAAGGAGGACGAGCUUCUGUGGGACCCAUUUAUCAUAGACUCAGAAAGUGUGGAAAAUUUCCUUAGGCGGAUCUCCUCAAUCACAAAACUCCUGCUCCCGAUGGGGACGCACUUACGGGACGAUGAGGAGGCUUUGUACAUUUUGCAGAAGCAUAGGCACAACGUUGAGAGCGCCUUCGAGGACCUCAGCGCCAAUCAGACCAAAAAUCCGGACAAGAUGAGUGUUUGGAGUGAGGAGGAGUGUCGAAACUUUGAGAAGGGUCUUCUGAGUUUCGGGAAGAAUUUUUUUCUGAUUCAGAAGUACAGAGUUACCACUCGACACGUGGGUGAAUUAGUGCAAUUCUACUAUUUGUGGAAGAAGACGGAACGGUACGAUUUGUUCGCAAAUCGGAUGAGAAGUGGCAAGAAAAAAUAUGCGUUAAAUCCGGGAAUUUCCGAUCUCAUGUGUCGCUAUAUGGGGAGACAGUCACGGGGGCUGGAGACUGUGGGGGCCGAUGUGCAAUUUAUUGUGACGGACGCGAGGAAAGACGUCGCCCAAGAGAACUCUCAGUAUUAAAAUCACGUUUUUGUGAUUUAAUAUUGACUAUGUUAAUGUGAACCGUUUUUUCUUUUUUUU